AGUACUUUUUGCUGCCUGGAUGAUUCCAGUGCUGGUUUCCAAGGAUGGGCGCUUUCUAUGGACUGAGAUUGCUGUCGCGUUUACAAGCUUGCCAGCCAGCACGUCUUAGACGAGCAUUUCUCACAUCUGCCCCCGAGGACGGCAAACAAGUACUUGGAAGGGAUGAACCAAGGAAGAAAAGAUGGAAGGAAAAGAAAUGGAAGGACCAAUGCAACUCCCUUGACUUGGAUUCUUCUUGGGAAGAGAGACUGUCCAGUGUGGCUACCCCUCUCUGUCGACUUCCGUAUGAGGAACAACUGAAGGUGAAAUAUGAGAGACUAAAGUCUAUCUUGCAGACUCUAACAGCUCAUCUUAAAGAGCUUGGUGCAGAUCACUCGAAGAUCACUCAGGUGCCAGAUGGGAUCUGCUGCCCACUGAAGCCUGUAAUUCCCUCGCCCGUCGUCAACGGCUACAGAAACAAGUCCACAUUCUCAGUAAACCGUGGCCCCGACGGGAACCCGAAAACGGUGGGGAUGUACGUAGGAACUGGCAAAGGUCGAAACAUUGUCUGUGUACGAGCCAAUCACCUGUUGAACAUGCCUCGAACCCACCUCCAAGUAGCCCAGUGCUAUGAGGAAUUUCUCCGUCAAUCCCCUCUGGAUCCGUGCCUUCUCUUUCACACGGGUGGACACUGGCGCGAGCUCAUCAUACGGACUAAUCGGAAAGGAGACACAAUGGCUAUUGUUAUCUUCCAUCCCCAGCAUUUAAAGCCUGAGGAACUCAGCCUUCAGAAAGAAUUGGUCAGGGAUUUUUUCAUUCAUGGGCCUGGAGCAGUCUGUGGUCUGGCUUCCCUUUAUUUCCAGGAAAGCACCAUGACUUACUGCUCCCAUGAGCAGUCUCCCUACCAGCUCCUCUCUGGAGAACCCCAUAUUUUUGAAGAGCUGCUGGGCCUGAAGUUUCGCAUCUCCCCGGACGCCUUCUUCCAAGUCAAUACAGCUGGGGCGGAGGUUCUGUACCAGACCAUUAGGGAAAUGAGCAGAGCUGACAAGGACACUGUUCUGCUGGAUAUCUGCUGUGGAACUGGUGCAAUUGGUCUCUCUCUGGCUGACCAUGUCUCCAGAGUCGUUGGCGUUGAGGUGGUGGAGCAGGCGGUAGAAGAUGCCAGGUGGAAUGCGGCAUUUAAUGGCGUAUCCAACUGUGAGUUUCACAGUGGGAAGGCAGAGGUUGUGUUGCCCCAGUUGCUGUUGUCUUGGCCAAAGACCCGACCUCUCACUGCCGUGGUGAACCCGUCCCGAGCUGGGCUCCAUUACCGCGUGGUGAGAGCCAUUCGAAACUGUGAGGCCAUCCGAAGACUGGUGUAUGUUUCUUGCAAGCCUGAAGGAGAAGCCACGAGAAAUUUCCUUGAGUUUUGUUGCCCACCGGAUUCUGGGAAGAAGCUGAGAGGAGAGGCCUUUGCACCUGCCUUGGCUGUUCCAGUAGAUCUCUUUCCUCACACAUCCCAUUGUGAGCUGGUCCUGCUUUUGGCCCGUUGAUUGCCCUUCCAGCAUU